UAUGGCGUUGAGUUGUAAAAAGUCUGAGUGUCCCAAAAUAUUUUUUAAAUUUUAAUGUCUUCACUUUUUUCUAAAAAUACAAAAAUGCUAUCUUAAAACAAACCGUUCAAAUAUGAAAACUAUUUUCAUCCUUUUUUAUUUAUUUAAAAUACAGAGAGCAAGCUUGCAAGGGUUUUGUGGCCCUUAUCAUGGAAAUAUCUGUAAAAAUUAUGUUGAUCACACAAAACAUGUUUGGUACAACAAUUCAGGCGGAUACGAAAAUGAACAAAUAACAACGGCAUUGUGGGAUGAAAUGAUUUCAACUUUUGAAGAGCCUUGCAGAAGUGCAGCAGAAAAAAUUUUAUGUGUUUAUGCUUUUCCUGAAUGUAAUGUUACAAUGCCCUUGCCACUGUGUUAUCAAGACUGCAUAGCUGUAAAAGAAUUAUUUUGCUACAAAGAAUGGGCAGUUAUAGAAGAUAAGAAGGCUAAUGGAAUUUAUAUAAAAUCAAGGGGACAUUUUCGUUUGCCAGACUGUGAUGUUUUACCUAAAUACAAAGAGGAAGCUAAGGGAUCUGUAUGUUCCUAUGCUGGGCUCACUGAGAUGAAACAAAGUGAAAUUACUUAUGAUUGCGUGAAAGGAAGAGGCCGAUAUUACCAAGGGAGAGUUAAUGUUACCAAAGAGGGGAUUCCUUGCCAAAGAUGGGAUUCACAGGAGCCUCAAGCACACAAUUCGCCACCUGAUGUGUUUCCAGAACUAACUUUUUCUGAAAAUUUUUGCCGAAAUGCAGGAGGAGAAGAGAAGAAACCAUGGUGCUUUACUACAAAUCCAGCAAUUAGAUGGCAAUAUUGUGAUAUUCCAAAAUGUUUAAAUUCCACAUCUGAUGAAACUGAAUCUCCUGGGAUAACAAUGGAGAAGUAUUUAACACCUACAUUUUUAAUUGCAGUGUCAGGUUUAGGUCUGCUACUGUUGGUAUUUUGCCUUCUGCUUAUACUAUUAUGCCACAGGUUUCACAAGAAGCGUCUUCUGGGCUAUAAUGCUCCAGAAACAUCAGAAAUUAAUAUUGAUUUGGAUAAACUUCCUAGCAAUGUUCAAUACCAUCGACAUGGGGUGCCACUAAAUCCAAAAUUGGAAAAAUUGGAAUAUCCUCGUAAUGAUAUAAUUUACAUUCGUGACUUAGGGCAGGGUGCAUUUGGCAGUGUGUUUCAAGCUAAAGCUCCAGGCUUGAUACCUGGGGAAGAGUUCACAGUUGUAGCAGUCAAAAUGCUUAAAGAUGAUGCUUCUGAAGAUAUGCAAGAAGAUUUUGAAAAAGAAGCCUGCUUGUUAGCUGAGUUUGACCAUCCCAACAUUGUUAAAUUAUUGGGUGUUUGUGCUGUGGGACGGCCCAUGUGUUUAUUGUUCGAGUACAUGGGUAAAGGUGAUCUCAAUGAGUUCUUGAGGCAAUGUUCGCCAACAAAUUAUGUUGUGAGAAAUGCCAUAACUGGUGAAUAUCCCAAUAGAGAUAUUUAUAGAGAUAACCACUUAGCCCAUUCGGAACAGAUUAAAAUUGCUUUGCAAAUUGCAUCGGGUAUGGUUUACCUAUCUGACAGAAAAUUUGUUCACAGAGAUUUGGCAACACGCAAUUGCCUCAUCAAUGAUGAAAUGGUAGUUAAAAUUGCUGAUUUUGGUUUAUCCCAAAAGAUUUAUCUGCAAGAUUAUUACAAAGGUAGUGAUAGAGAUGCAAUUCCAGUGAGAUGGAUGCCUUUAGAAAGCGUUUUAUACAAUAAAUAUACUCCAGAAUCUGAUGUGUGGGCUUUUGGUGUUUGUUUGUGGGAAAUAUUUUCCUUCGCUCUACAACCUUAUUAUGGGCAAACUCAUGAGGAGGUAAUUUGCUUUCUUAAAGAAGGAAAUGUCUUGCCAUGUCCGGAGAACACUCCUCCAAGUGUGUAUGAUAUCAUGAGACAGUGUUGGGCACAGAAACCUUCAGAUAGACCUAGUUUUCGUACGAUUUAUCAAGAUCUGUCAGAAAUUCACAUGAAUAUGAUGUCCAUGCCAUUAGUGCAAUAAAAUUCUACAACUUACAUAAUAUAAAUCUAAAAAAUCGACCACUGUGAAUGAUGAUAUAACAUUUUUAUACUGAAAGUAGGUCCAGGAUUUUAUAAAAUGCUUUGUCUUGAGUAUUAUUUUCUAUGGAAUUCGCGAAUUUAACUUAUCUGCCAAUGAAGGGUCAUUCUAGGUAUUAGUUAACAUUUACACAUUAUACAAUGAACCUACUAAAUUAAGCAGAAAAGAAGCACCCAAAAAAAGACAUUUUAAGUGGGCUAUUUUCUUCAUUUUUAUUUAUUUUAAAAUACUAAAAAGAGAAUCCAACAACACUUGUCAGGCAUUUGUUAUUCCAGAUGCUGGGGGUAAAGUUCUAAAAGGAACAUUUUCAAUAUGUUUGAGAAUUGUAUAACUAAUUGUUACUGAAAUUGCUAUAAGAAUUUGUUUCAGUUUCCUAAUUUUUAAUUUUUAUUAAUUUAUUCUCACAAAAAAAGUUGUUUCAAUUUAAACAAUACAAAUAUUUAUCGUUUAACAUAAAUUCCACUGGUUCACUGUCGAAAGUGUAUUUAGGCUGUGGAAUAUUGCCAAAACUAUAGAAAAAUUUACAUUUGUUUUCCUGAUGCAUUUGAAUACAUACAAAAAUAAUGAAAUCAUUUUAUGUAUUUACUUACACAUUUUUUUUGCAGUACUCUAAUGUGCUGUUUGAGCAUUCAAUAACAUUGACAAAAGUUGUAAAAUUUCGUUUCAUUAUAAUUAUUCUGCUCAAUGGCCUCUUUGUUAAUGUUUUAGUAUUGCACAUACCCAUUAUUGUGAUGUCAACUUUGUAUGUAUGUAUCUUUUUUAAAGUUUGUGUGAAUGUAUUUUAUUAAGAGAGGCGCAUCGAAUGUACUGUAUUUUAAUAUGGACAUAAGUAUAUUUUAGCAACAACACUUUUAUUUUGUGUUAAGUGAUAUAUGUGGUACUAUUUUGUAGUUCCUCUUUGUAGUAGUUUUUUUACCAAAACGAUAGGAUUGAAAAUAAAAAAUAUUCAAUCAUUUGUUUGUACUCCUUUGUAAUGGCAUAUGAAUUGAUUUCAUAUUGUUUACCAAAACAGCCAUU